AGGGACAUGCAGACAUUAGAACAGCGGGAACCGACGGGGAGCCGAACAAUAAUGCCUCACCUCAAACCCUAAAUCGUCCAUCUCGAGACGACGAGGCCCCAACCGAUCACCCCCCCCUCUCUUUCUCUAGGGUUGCCCUUGUCUCUUCUCCUCGUUAUCUCCUUUCUCUCCCCGCCCCCCCUCCCCUUUCGCUCUCCGAUCCCUUUUGAUUCGGGUCUCGCAUCCAAGGUUGUUCGGCCCAUUACUUAGGCUUCAUAUAAUUCUCAUGUAGCUUUCAUGCUUGGCACAACUGGAGAAGAUUUUUCUUAGUGGCAUAAACAUAUGAUAUGAUUGCGUCGAACACGUGGUUGUAAAAGCUAAGUUGAUAAUUGUAUCUGGGAUACUUGAUAGUUGAUAUAGAGGGCUCUACAUGGCUACUGGUAGCAACAUCCCUUUGGAUGUUCCUGAGUCUCAGCCUGCAGAUAAUAAUAAGUUAUCCACCGGCAGCAGCGAACUCAAUGGAAGGCAACUAAGUAGAACUUCAUCGAUUUCUCUUAUUAAAGGCAGCAUCACUUCAACAAGUGCUGUUCAUGAGCUUCUCGAAUGCCCAGUCUGUACAAAUUCAAUGUAUCCUCCCAUACACCAGUGUCCGAAUGGUCAUACUCUCUGCUCAAAUUGCAAGCUUAGGGUACACAACCACUGCCCUACUUGCCGUCACGAGCUCGGUAACAUCAGAUGCUUGGCUCUUGAGAAAGUGGCCGAGUCACUUGAGCUUCCUUGUAGAUACCAAGACUCAGGUUGCUCUGAGAUAUUCCCCUACUAUGCCAAGUUAAAACACGAGCUGCUUUGCAGAUUCAGGCCGUAUAAUUGCCCUUAUGCGGGGGCAGAGUGCCUUGUCACUGGUGAUAUUCCAACGCUUGUGGCUCACCUGAAAAAUGACCAUAAAGUCGACAUGCAUGACGGAUGCACAUUUAAUCACCGUUACGUGAAGUCCAAUCCGCAUGAGGUUGAAAAUGCUACAUGGAUGCUCACAGUUUUCAAUUGUUUUGGGCAACAUUUUUGCCUCCACUUUGAAGCCUUCCUCCUUGCAAUGUCUCCGGUCUACAUGGCAUUCUUAAGGUUCAUGGGUGAGGAUGAUGAGGCGAAGAACUUUAGCUACAGCCUCGAAGUCGGCGGCAAUGUCCGGAAAUUAAUAUGGCAGGGUGUGCCGAGAAGCAUCAGGGAUGGUCACAAGAAGGUGAGGGACAGUCAUGAUGGGCUCAUCAUUCAUCGCAACAUGGCCUUGUUUUUCUCUGGUGGCAAUCGGCAAGAGCUUAAGCUAAGAGUGACUGGUCGAAUCUGGAAGGAGCAAUGACACUCGAUGCUUUUACUUCCCAACCAAAGUUCUUUCUGAACUUGACUUCUUCCAUCGGUCCGGUCAAGAAGCAGAACAUUCUGGUUAAGCUCGACCCUGUCGAGAAAAAACUGUGAAGUUUCUGAGGAAGUUUCUGAAGUCAAACAGCACAUCAGUUGUGGGAUUCAAAUCCCAAAAAAAUUAAAAAUAAAAGGUGAAGUUCAGUCCCCCUUGCCAAAUGAUUUGUGGUUAGUGCAUGCCCAUAGCUUUUGCCUGCCUUAAACUAGCUUAAAAGUGCAAGCUUAAGAAAGCCAGAAAUGGUUGGCCUUGCAUUGUAUGAUGUGCCGGCCUUGUACAAGUUAUUGUUACUUAAAAGUUUCAUUUUUUGGCCUAAAGUUGUCUAUGAAAGACUUUGGUGGGAAAUUGUGUUGUGUGUUGACAUUAUUGGUGCUAAUAUGACCCUACUUGCUUUAAAAAGAUUAUAGUGCUAAACAUGAUUAUUCCCAUUUGAUUUUUAA